AUGCGCUUCAUUCAUCGCCUCUUGGCGCUUCUCAUUACCUUAGCUCAAGUCUUCUCACCCGCUACUGGUGAGACUUUCGCACAGCCGGUCGCAGCUCUCCCCACCCUUCGCGGUGUCAACCUCGGCGGCUGGCUCGUUCUCGAGCCGUUCCUCACUCCGGAACUUUUCAACGGCACAAACGCGAUCGAUCAAUGGGGGUUUGAUAGCCAAGCCGGGUCCGAAAAGGCUCUCCGUCAGCACUGGGACACCUACUGCACCGAGGACGAUAUCAAGAAGCUCGCUUCUUACGGAAUCAAUGCGGUCCGCAUUGGUAUCGGCUUUUGGGCUUACGAUAACGCUGAUACUCCCUACCUUUCCGGCGCUGAUGCCUAUCUGGGCAAGGCUAUCCAAUGGGCAAAGAACGCUGGGCUCGUGGUGGUGAUUGAGCUUCAUGGGGCUCCUGGGUCACAAAAUGGAGAGGUUAAUUCAGGCCGCUUUGGAUCGGUCGAGUGGCAGACCGGCGAGGCGAACCUCAACCGCACGACCAAAGUCCUGACGACCAUAGCGCAGAAGUACGCGACGAAAGAACUUGCGAACACGGUGGUCGCAGUUGAGCUCAUCAACGAACCUACGAACAAUCUGCCGAAUACUCUUCAGACUACAAAGGACUGGGCGAAGACUACUUACGAGGCUGUCCGCAACGCAGCAAGCAACAAAGAUUUGCGCAUUGCUAUACACGAUCAGUGGACCACCCCCAAGUCCUGGCUCGACGUUCAUAAAGUACUGAAUGGCAAGGAUCCCAACUCUUUUGUGCUUGACGUCCACCAAUACCAAAUCUUCACCAAAGAAGACAAGAACCUCGAUCAGGCCGGUCAUAUUCAGAAGGUCUGUACGUUUGCCUCCGAGCAGCUUGCGCUCGCGAAGAGCAACGGCCUGCCUAUCCACGUCGGAGAAUUCAGUGGCAACACCUUCAUCUGCGUGAACCCGGAUGGCACCACUGUUGCCGAUCCCGCAGGGACUGGCAAGGCCUGCAAAGUCGAUGGCUGCCAAUGUGAGACCGACGGAGGCAUAAAGCUCGACGAAUGGGGCGACGCGCUCACCCAGCAGGUCCGUCGUUACAUCGAGGCCCAGCUAUACGUGUAUGAAGAGUAUGCUGGAGGAUGGUUCUUUUGGAACUUCAAAGGCCCCGGCUCCUGGGGGUUUAUUGAAGGCGUUGCAAAGGGCUUCAUCCCUAUCCCGCUCACCGAGAGGCGCUACCCGAACCCAUGCUCCUAG